AUGUCCUUUCCACCGCCCCCCGCAGCUCUCGACUGGAACGAUAUCGGCUUCAAAGUCCGCGACGUCAAUGGCCAUGUCGAGUGUCAUUUUUCCCUCACCGGCUCCGGCCAGUGGUCUGCCCCGCGUUUCGUGGCCAGCCCGUUCAUGUCCAUUCACGGAAUGGCUCCGGGCCUGAAUUACGGCCAGCAGGUGUACGAAGGCCUCAAGGCCUUCCGGCAUGCGAACAAUAGCAAAAUCACCGUCUUCCGGCCCGACCGUAAUGCCAAGCGGAUGCAGAAUUCCGCCGAGGUAGUGUCUAUCCCGCCGGUUCCUGAGGACCUCUUCCUCCAGUGCGUUCGCCUGGCAGUGGGUGCCAACGCCGAAUACGUCCCUCCUCACGAGUCUGGGGCUGCAAUGUACGUGCGCCCGCUCCUCUUUGGAUCGUCCGCCCAGCUGGGACUCAGCCCCCCGGACGGCUACACCCUGGCGGUGUUCGUCAUGCCGACCGGAGUGUACCAUGGAGCCAAUGCGGUCGACGCUCUGAUCCUCGAGGAUUUCGACCGAUCCGCGCCCCAUGGAACCGGCCACGCCAAGGUUGGAGGAAAUUAUGCCCCGGUACUCCGGCACAGUGACAAAGCACGACGCGAAGGAUUCGGCAUCACAUUGCACCUGGACAGUGCCACCCGAAGCGAGGUGGACGAGUUCUCCACGUCCGCCUUCAUCGGCGUAAAGCGGAACAGUGACAAGGUCACCGUUGUGCACCCGGACAGUCGCAAUGCCAUCGACUCGGUCACUGCAGCGUCGGUGGGUGAGAUUGCGCGCAGCCUCGGGUUCUCUGUGGAAAAGAGGCGCGUUGCAUAUGAAGAACUGGGUCAAUUCGACGAGGUCAUUGCCGCAGGCACCGCGGCAGCGCUGGUGCCCGUGCGGAGCAUUACUAUGCGUUCCAAGAGCGACAAGUUCCAGUAUCGCUGCGGUGACCAGGGCCAGGGAGGCGAGGUCUGCGUGAAACUGCUACAGACACUGCGCGGUAUCCAGUCGGGAACAAUCAAGGACGCUUGGGGGUGGAACAUGGAGAUCCAUGCUCCACCAAAAGAGUUGCUGGAGGAAUUCACCGCCGAACGUGAUGAGAGCGGAGCGAAUGUUCCGUGA